AUGUCUAGCAAGAACGUCAUGGGGAACUUCGCUUCCGAUGCUGUCCUGAACGAGCGCAUUACGGUACAGCCGUCGUUGAAGCCCGGGCUCUUCGAUAAUAAACGUGUUUCGAAGAAACAGCCCAUAUCUGAUCUUACAUUCUCGGAAAUGCAGUUUCUGAAGCGGCAAAGGCGUGAGCCACAAGCGAAGCCGCUUUCGAAUAGCCGACUAAAGGAGCGACUGCGCGAGACUCGAGAGCUGGAGCAGAUUUCGUCGUUCUUUCAACCGCCCAAAGGGAAAGAAGAGCCGCGGAAGAAAAGGCAAGCAGUUCAAAAGGACCGAGAAGACCCUAGGCACGCAAACAAACACUCCAAACACAAUCCGGCGCCACUGUAUCGACCGGAUGUCUUCGAGUCUUCACCCUCCCGGCCUACUUUGACCACAACUCACCGAGAAGGAUCGCUCAGCUCCCGCGGUAGAAGCAGUCAAACCCAUUUGCCGGCUCAGAACGUAUUUGUUGCUAGACCAAUGUCGAGUAAGGCCACCAGUUAUUUCACUUGGUCCAAAUCCGGCAGUCAUCAUUCUGCUCGACCCAACGUCCAUGACAUCGAUGUAGGCUCCCAUCGCUCAGACUCAACUUGGACCACAACACCCGAGCCAGUCAGGGAAGCUUUGAUCGCCACCGGCAUUUUCAAAGACACAGGGAUACAGCCCUAUGAUGAUGCCUCGAACCAACACAGCCAAGAAUGGGCAACGCAACGAGGUACAGCCUCUGAUGGACCUGGCGACAGCCCCAAGAUAAGCCGCAGCAAGAAGCGGGAGUCACUUAGGAACCCGAAUGCGGCGUCUAGUGACGAAGAAAGGGUAGCGGAGAACGAGCAGCGAUCUCAAGAACAACGAUGGAAAGCCAUACUACCCCAUGAAUGGAGACGGCAGAGUGCUUUACCACCACGAACACGGGCAGAAGCUGAUGACCAACUUCCGGAUUCUCAAGCGGUCGAAGCCCUAAGAUUGCCAACGAAUCCGGAACCGAUUGAUCGUCGUCGGAUCGCGCGGAAGGCUAGACUGCGACCUGUUCAGAAAGAUACUGAAAACCAAGACGCCAAUAAUACUGAGGCUGCGUAUGCCAGUGUCACUCGAACGUCUCUCACAGACUUCUAG